UUCCCAAUGUGACGCCAUUAUCAGAUCGAUAUGUACACGGUUUUUGAUGAAGACCAUGGAGACGUUCAUUGUCCACGCUGUCGUUGUGUUUUGUGCUUGUUGACUACCAACGAGGAAGAAAACAAAAUACACAAGAGCUAACGCCAGCAGGCAGCUAGUGAGCUCUUCUGUUUGUGUCGGAGUUUGUUUGUUUGUUGUUUGUGUGUUAUUUGUUACCUGUGCAGCAAGUUUAAGGUUAUAAUGGACUCGACCUUUGCAGGUUGAAGUUAGAAGCAAACAGAGACCAACCACAAUGUCCAGCAGUGUGCUGAGUGGUCGGGGGAAGUUGGUCCUCUCUCAGGCCGCUGGCUAUCAGGCAUUAGCUGCCCUCCGUGUCGGGAGAACCAGAACCUUCUCGGCUGCGAGCUCAGAUGAGCCGUACGUAGCCGCAUCACCUGCAGACUCAGGUCCUAGGACCGUGUGGCCUGAUGAGAACAUGGGACCAUUCGGACCUCAGGACAAGCGCUUUCAGCUACCGGGUAACGCUGGGUUUGACUGCCACCUGGAGGGCAUGGAGGACCAAAAGAAGACUCCAGUCCACAGGACGGUGCCUGAUGUACUCACAAACCCGAGCACCUCAGAGAGGCAGCAGUUCAUACUGGCCCAGUUUGUUAAUGAGUUCCACGAAAAACUGGGUCCUAUAUCCACAAGAGUCCACAAAGCUGAGAAGUACUUUAAUCAGACAGGCACAGACUGCUCCGUAUAUUCCUGCCCUGAGCUGUUAAAGAAAGAUCUUGAGCUGUUGUUCCCCUCGGCACCCACCACUUCCAUCACAGUUGUGACGGUCACACAGAGGAACAGUCGGUGCGAGGACGCAGCAGAGCAGGACAGAGAGCAGCUGCUUCACAGAUUUGUGAGUGGUGCGAAGGAAAUGUGCUUCUCUCUGUGGACCGCAGGCUACUGGGCAGACUUCAUCGACCCGACAACAGGAGCAGCUUUCUUUGCAUCUCCGUCAACUCAAACAACGCUGCGAACAGAGGAGGAGCUGAGACAUUUGGGCUUCCACAUCGAGGCAUCAGGCUCCUGCACCGUUAUUCGCCACAUCCUGAGAGGAACGCCUUUGUUUGUGGGGACUGUUUUCACCAAUGCACCUACUCAAAGCGCUGCUAUCGCAAGACUACAAGGACUUACGAAAGUACUCGAUGAUGAGGAAUAGGCUUUUUAAUAUUAUUAUUCCACAGAACUAAAUCCAAACAGGCCUCUAUUUAUGGUUUGAAGAAGUUUGGAGAUUUGAUGUACGGUAGUGUUGGAACAUGGUAUCAGUGACAGUUUGUCUUACUAUAACAAGGACUAGGCUGAGACUCUUAAUGUGGACCUGUUUAUUGCAGUCGGAAGGGUUCUGACUGCAAACACUUUAGAGAUCUUCUGUGUUAUGUGAUAUGAAAUGGAAACACUUGACAGGCAGCUGUUAGUUGAUUAAAAGAUUUCAACAAUACCUAAUUUAAGACUCUAGCUGAGCAAUAUAAUGUCAACAACCUUUCAUACAAACAUGUACAGUAUUGUUUUUCUGUUGCACAGAAUGUAAAGAAAUAUGCAUACUGUUUCAGUUGAAGCACUUCAGUGCUGAGCAAAUAAAGUGAGUCUCAUCAGACUGCAAUGAUGUAUUUCCUUAGAAAUGUUACCCAAAUUUACACCAAGGCCUCACUCUUCAUAUAUGGAUUUGUCCAGAUUAAUACAAUUGUCAACUCAGUUUUCAUAUGUGAUAAAAUAUAAUAUAUAUUUCCUGUAACAAUAUUACAUUACUGUAUCUGAUAUGUCUUCCCCACCAAAAAGUAUAAUUUCCACAUUUAAAUCCUUUAAAAAAAAUCUACUUGUUUGACCUCAUUAAAGAUUUAAAGAUUCAAGAA